AUGGAUCUAACUUACAUUCCCGAAGACAUAUCCAGUUGCCCCAAAUUUGGAAAUAAAUCCUGUCCUCCCACCAACAGACCUUUUCACGUCCGUGUGAUGAUGUAUUCAGUCAUGACUGGAGCCAUGGUUAUCACUAUCUUUGGAAACUUGGUUAUAAUGAUUUCCAUAUCACAUUUCAAACAGCUUCACUCUCCCACAAAUUUUCUAAUUCUCUCCAUGGCAACAACGGACUUUCUGCUUGGUUUUGUCAUUAUGCCCUAUAGCAUGGUUCGAUCAGUAGAGAGCUGUUGGUAUUUUGGGGAUGGUUUUUGCAAAUUCCAUGCAAGUUUUGAUAUGAUGUUGAGCCUGACCUCCAUUUUCCAUCUUUGUUCCAUUGCCAUUGAUAGAUUUUAUGCUGUGUGUUAUCCAUUACACUACACAACUACAAUGACCACCUCCAAGAUAAAGAGGUUGCUGGCAUUUUGCUGGUCUGCCCCUGCUCUUUUUUCUUUUACUUUAGUCCUGUCAGAGGCCAAUGUUUCUGGUAUGCAGAGCUAUGAGAUACUAGUUGCUUGUUUUAAUUUCUGUGCACUUACUUUUAACAAGUUUUGGGGAACAAUAUUGUUCACCACAUGUUUCUUUACUCCUGGCUCUAUCAUGGUAGGUAUUUAUGGGAAAAUCUUUGUUGUUUCUAAAAGACAUGCUCGUGUCAUCAGCAACAUGCCUGAAAAUAAAAAGGGGGAGGUAAAAAAAAGCUUAUCAAAGAAAAAGGAUAGAAAAGCAGCCAAAACACUAGGUAUAGUGAUGGGAGUAUUUCUAGCUUGCUGGUUACCUUGUUUUCUUGCUGUUUUGAUUGACCCAUAUCUAGGCUACUCCACUCCCAUAAUAAUACUUGAUGUUUUAGUGUGGCUUGGAUAUUUCAACUCUACAUGCAACCCCCUCAUUCAUGGCUUUUUUUAUCCAUGGUUUCGAAAAGCUCUCAAGCAUAUAGUGUCAGGAAAAAUAUUUAGCUCUAAUUCAGAAACUGCAAAUUUGUUUCUUGAAGCACAUUAA